AUGCUAGAAAGCAUUGCGGUGAAUCCGCAGGUUGAAAUACAGUUUGCGAGGAUGGAGGUGGCGAGGGCCGGAUUAUCGAGCAUGCUCGUCAUCGCGCUGCUCCUCAAGGUAAUUUCUUGCCAGAGCGACCUCGAGUGUCUCAAAGAGUUCAAGAGCUCAAUCAGGGAUCCCAUGCACUUCCUCGACUCGUGGAUCUUCCCACCGACGUUUAGCAUCUGCAAGUUCGCCGGGAUCUAUUGCUUCCAUGAGGAUGAGGUCGUGUAUAAAAUCGAUCUGCCAGGGCUCGGGCUCACGGGUGGAUUUCCUCGAGGCCUGGACAAGUGCUCCAACCUCGCGUUUCUCGACCUCUCACAUAAUAAGCUCAACGGCACCAUUCCCUCCAACAUUUGCGGCAUUCCAUACCUCAUCAGCUUUGACGUCCACAACAAUUCCUUCUCGGGAUCUGUUGAGACUUCCUUUAACAAUUGCACCUUUCUCAACAAUCUCAACUUGAGCCACAACAGAUUCUCGGGACCCAUUCCCGGACAGAUUGGAGUUCUUCCCCGGCUCACCAAGUUUGACGUCUCCUUCAACCAGUUCACUGGGACAAUUCCGUCAUCUUUCACGAGUUUUGGCCGGAACUUUUCGUCUAGGUCCUUUGCCAGCAAUCCAGGGCUGUGUGGUGGGCCUCUACGUAAGCUAUGUUAUACCAAAUGCUCAGGCAGGACCCGGAGUUGGCUUGCGGAGACUAUCCGAAGCUCCUCUUUCAUUUUCAUAUUUUCCAGUAUGUCUCGUCUCCACCAUCAUUCUGGCCAUAUGAUAUAG